UAUUCCUUUAUGGUUAAAUAAUACUCCAUCACAUGUGUAUACCCACACAGCCACUAACUCCUGGUCAGCUGGUUUCACAGCUCAGUUUCUGAGUGACACAGUGAGAUUUCUAGGAGCAAAAAGCUGUUCUGUUUUGAAAAAGAGCCACACAUGUACACAGUUAACUUCCCAGUUACAGAGCAGAUUCUGGAGCAAGGACCCCAGAGGGAGGGGCCUGAAAUGACACACUUUUGAGUUUGCAUAGCUUGGUACACAUGCUCUAAGAACUUCUGCUAAACAGUGUCCUAGAAGUCAGAUCCAAGCUCCUCAUCAUCACCGGCUAUCACUGUUGCUUCUCCAGCUGCUGCUGCUGCUGCUCCUCCAGCUGCUGCUGCUUCUCCAGCUGGCUUCUGGAGAGACUGACAGAGGAGACAGCUUUGCAGGUGACGACCAGGAGAAGCUGGCAGGAUAAGGUAGCUAUCAAGAUGCUCCAUUUGCGAAGUUCACAGAUGCUGCAGAUGUUGGAGAGCUCCUUAAGGAAAUACCUUCCUGAGUCCUUAAAGGUUUAUGGGACUGUCUUCCACAUGAACCAGGGAAACCCAUUCAAGCUCAAGGCUCUGGUGGACAAAUGGCCUGAUUUUAAUACAGUGGUUGUCCGUCCUCAAGAGCAGAUGGUGAGAAGUGGCCCUCAAAGAUGCUCUCUGAUCUCUGUCCACACACCACACUCCUGCUUAAACAUGCUGUACACACAAAGAGAAAUAAAGCAUAUAAUUAUUUUGAGGCUCUUCGGAACCAGAAGACUUGUUCUCAUAAGGUCUUUGGCCUUCUCAGAGAUGGCAGAUGACCUUGAUCACCACACCAACACUUACCAGAUAUAUUCUAAAGAUCCUAAGCACUGUUUGGAAUUCCUUGGCACACCAGACGUCAUCAACUGGAAACAGCAUCUGCAGAUCCAAAGUUCACAGUCCACCCUAAAUGAAGCAAUAAUGGGUCUUGCGGCGGGUAAGAUGGUCAAGGUCAAGAGAACACAGUGCAUUCUCUACAUGAUGCCUGAGACAGCAAAGAAACUGGUUCCUUUCCUGUUGGAGGAUACAGAGUACUUAGAUCAUAAAUCUGGCAGACCCCGGGCUAUUGACCAAGAAAUGUUUAAACUCUCAACACUGGAUGUUACCCACGCUCCCUUGGUGGAUAAAUUCUGGCAGUUUGGUGGCAAUGAAAGGAGCCAGAGAUUCAUUGGGCGCUGUAUCCAGAACUUUCCCAGCUCAUGUCUUCUGGGACCUGAAGGGACUCCUGUGUCUUGGGCUCUGAUGGAUCAAACUGGAGAAAUCCGAAUGGCGGGCACAGUGCCUGAUUACCGGGCACAAGGCCUUAUCUCCCACAUCAUUUAUGCUCAGACUCUGGCUAUGGAUAAACGUGGCUACCCUGUGUAUAAUCAUACAGAACAAGCCAACAAAGUCAUACAGAAAAUGAGUCACACUCUACACCAUGUCCCCAUGCCCUGUGACUGGAAUCAGUGGUAUUGUGCACCUCUGUGAUCCUGGGGCUCAACACAAGGCUGUGUUGGGUCAGCCAUAAUAAAUCUGGAGGAGUGGUCAUAGAGAAAACACAGAUUGUAAUGAACAAUAAAGGAGUGGGCAUUGCUUGGGUUCUGGGGAAGCAGUGUAAAUGGUCAACACUAUACCAUGGUCCUUACCCUCAUAUUACCUUUUAUAUCCAGCAGACCUGUAAUGGCCAGACCUCUCUGCUGAGCCAUCAUCUUUGUUUAGUUUUCUAUAUUCUGGUUAUCAGUGACACAUGUACUCAGUGGCACAUUACAAUCCUUAUGUGGAUUAUUGCCCAUGAUCAGUUUUGUCGGGAUGUGGUGCUGAUGGGGGACUAGUGUAUGCUUUUCUCCAGCAUUCCUUUGUUUAGGAGUUAGGAUACUUCCCAUCAAUGGGUACUCUGAAAUGAUUGCUUCAGUGGAAGUCCUUUGAUCUCUGUUUAAUUACCAUGCCAAAUAAUGCAUGAAUAAAUAUAUGAUAGUAGUUGGAUAA